AUGCCAAAGCCAACUUAUAAUGCAGAACAACUUGAAGUUGCCAAUAAACUAAUCCUUGAGGAAUUACAUUACAAUAAAUCCUCUCUAUCCAAAGAACAUGAGGAACUUAUGAAUAAAUUAACAGAGGAGCAAAGGUCAAUGUAUGACAGAAUCAUAACAACGGUGAAGCACAACAAAGGAGGUUUUCUCUUUUUAUAUGGCCAUGGAGGAAUUGGAAAGACUUUUAUAUGGAGGACUUUGUCUUCAGCAAUAAGAUCUAAAGGAGAUAUUGUUUUAACAGUUGCGUCUAGCGAAAUUGCAUCACUUUUAUUACCCGGAGAUAUAUCUAAUUUAGAUUGGCCAUUUGGAGGUAAAACAGUUGUACUUGGUAGGGACUUUAGACAAAUUCUACCGGUCAUUACAAAAGCGGUUGGAGAUGGUAUGAUUGGUAAUUCAAUUGAUGGAAUUGGAAAAGUUUCUAUACCUGAUGAUGUUCUUAUUAGUGAUUGUGAAGAUCCUAUUUCUGCCAUUGUCAACAGUACAUAUCCAGAUUUUUAUUCACAUUGCAGUGAU